GUUUAAAAGACUAUAAAGCGCUACAAAAUAAAAACAUUGAGUUGAGUUAUUAUUUAAGUGAAUGGCUUAACAUGUAUUAUAUUGAAGUUUCUACAAAUUUAUACAAAAAUCUUGGUUUUGAAGAAGUUUUAGAAUCAAAAAAUGAAAGUAGUGUCAGAUUUCCAGUUUAUUUAUAUGAAAAUAUUAAUCAAAAAGAGGGAAUCGAACUAAUAAAUGCAAUUACUAAAGAAAGUGGAUGGAAAUCAUUGAAACCUAUUCAUAUUGUAUUUAAUGAUCAAGUUAUAAGCGUAGACCGUAUUCUUAGACACCCUGUAGACAAACUAAAUUUUCAUUGUAAAAAACAACAUAUAUUAAGAGUUAUCAAGUGCAUUUAUACAGAAAUAAUGUUUAAGUAUUAUGAAUAUGUAAUUUUCAUAUUAAGUUAUUGUGAAAUGAGAUAUGUGAAAUGUAAUGAUUUUAUAUAUAUAAAUUUAGUGCGACAAAUUUUUGAUGCUGUUCACGAGUCAACUAAAAUGUUUGAAGUAAUGUAUAAAACAUUGGUAUCAUUAAAUAAACUAAUAGGAGAAUAUAUUCAUGACAACUGGAAUUCGAAUUUAAAAUGCUUGUGUUCUUUAAUCAAUAAAUUACUUGAGGAAAUUAAUUCUGAAAAAUAUUCAAUAGAUGUUUUGGAUAGCAAAAGUGAUAUCAUUGAACAGAGUAAGAAUCUAUAUUACGCAAGUACAAGUGUUAAAAAUAUUACAAAAUUUUUAAAAUAUCACAAAUCGAAACACCGUACUUUAAAUGCUUCACAUGAAAAACAUUGUCGAUUACGAAAUUUAUCGUUAAACAUUGACAUACCUAAUUCAAUAAAUACGGAAACCUUUUCAUCUGCUUGUAACAAACUUAUUGUAUUUUCUGAAAAUGUUAUAAAAGUUUACUAUGAAGAAUUAGGUUUAAAUAAAUUUAAUUAA